GAGUUGUACUUAAACAUGUUCCUCUUGUGUGUGUUUCCCCCAGGGAGGAGUUCAAGGACGGACCACAGCUCAACGGGUGCGAACGGCGGCAUCAACACUGUGUCGCACAGCCACGCCAUGGUCGCCAACGGUUACAUCUGUAAAGACUGUUCCAUACACUCUGAGAGGAAAGAAUCUCUCACCACGUACUCCUCCUCUUCCUCGUCUCAGGCUGCCUCUGCAGCAGCAGCUGCCGCCACCUUCUCCUCUUCCUCGUCUCAGGCUGCCUCUGCAGCUGCCGCCGCCCUUUCAUCCUCUUCCUCGUCUCAGGCUGCCUCUGCUGCAGCAGCUGCUGCCGCCAUCUCAUCAUCAUCAGCCUCAUCCUCCAGUUUAUACAGCACGGUCAAGAGUCAGAGGAGCAAGACAGGUCUCCUGGUGUCAGUCUCUAACACGUGUGUCCACUACAGCAGACGAGCCCUGACCCCCAUCGUGUCCCUGAUGACACUGCUCUUCCAGAAUUUUCUGUGGCUGGGCACACAAGAGCCAGGAGCCACUCAGGCAAAGCAGACCACUCUCCACAGGAUGAUGGGCUACAGGGCCAACGGCUACGAAGGCAAAG